AUGUGCUCCUGUGGAUCAAGCCAUGCAAAGAAGGCACUGAGUCUUGUCUACCAGAGCCUUCCCAUGAUUCUUGGUCAUGGGAAGGACAUCAAUGCACUUGAGCAGCACAUCAAGAACCUCCUGAGCCCUUCCACCCCAUUUUUCUUCAAUACUCUGUACGACCCUUACCGUGUUGGCGCCGAUUUUGUUCGUGGGUACCCCUACAGCCUUCGUGAGGGUGUCCCAACUGCUAUUUCUCCCAGGCUUUGGCUCAACAUUCCAGACUACGAUGCCCCUACCCAGCUUGUUAAGCCCCUUGAGAGAAACACCAGGUAUGUGGAUGCUAUUCUUACGAUCCCAAAGGGCACCCUCUUCCCUACGUGUGGAAUGAACCUUGCAUUUGACCGUGAGCUCAUUGGUCCUGCAAUGUACUUUGGUCUUAUGGGUGAUGGCCAGCCUAUUGGACUUGUUUUGCAGCCAUUUGACUGGAUUAAGAAAACUUUCUUCGAGAAACCCCAACCAGAGGCAUAAAAGGCUUGCAAGUCUGCAACUUUGGUACAUCACUUUUGUCCGGGAUGGUUCCUGACUGAAGAGAACUUGGAUAACUCAGCAA